AUGGUUAUCAUGUUAUUCCUUCUUCUUUUUAUAACUUUAACUUUAGCAAAUAAGAAAUUCUGGUUAAUUACUGAUACACAUUUUGAUGAUGAAUUUACUGUUGGUAGUUCUUCAAAGUGUUUGGCUAUUGAUUGUUGUCAUUCUAAUUCUAUUCCUAGAAAAGGACAAGAAAAUUUUAUCAGUGGUCCUUGUGGAGAUUAUAAUUGCUAUUCUCCUCUCAAUGUUUCAGAAUCUGCUUUUGAUUACAUUGCUAAACACCAAUCAGAAAGUAAAUUAAUAUUUUGGUUAAUGGACGUUGUUCCUGGUGAUGUAAUAACUCAGAGUAAAGAAACAAAUAAAAAAAGAAUUCAACUUCAAGUUGAAGCGUUAAAGAAAAGAUUACCAGGUUUUAGAAUAUAUCCAGUACCUGGAAAUCAUGAUUAUUGGUUGUCAAGUAAUUGGCAAUACCCUCCUCAAAAUCAAUGGAUGUUAGAUUUUAUGGGAGAUCUUUUCAAAGAUUGGCUUUCUCCAAAUGCACUAGAACAAUUUAAAAAAGGAGGGUUUUAUACUGAAUUAAUUGAUUCUGGAGUAAGAAUUAUUGUACUUCAUCUUGCUUAUGUUGAUGUUUAUAGUAGUCAUUGUAAUGAAUAUGUUGAAAAUGAUCCAGCUGGAAUGAUGAAAUGGUUUAAUAAGACACUAGAAUUAGCUAGAAAGAAUGGAGAAAGAGUUAUUUUAUUAAGUCAUGAAGGAGUUGGAUUAAAAGAAAGUGGAACUAUUGAUGUUGUUCCAAAGUUUAAUGAAGACUUUAGUUAUGCAAUGAAUGAAUAUUCUGAUAUUAUUAUUAGUCAUCUUUCAGGUCAUUCACAUUUUAAUUCAUUUAGAGUAUUACCAAAUAUUACAAAACCAACAUUUCAUAUAAUAAUGAAUCCAGCUAUGACUUCAUUUAAGAAUUUAAAUCCAAGAUUUAGAUUAUAUGAAUAUGAUAGAAAGAAUAUUAAAGAUUAUACAAAUUAUAUGCUUGACAUUAAUAAAUGUAAUAAAAAUAAUAAAUUUGAAUGGGAAAUAGAAUAUAAUGCUAAAGAAUUAUUUGGUAUUGAAGAAUAUACAACAAAAAAUUUAAAAGAAUUUAUUGAACAAUUAGCAGUAGAUGAUGAAUUAUGGAUUAAAUUUGAUUCUCAUUAUUCUACCAUUAAUAGAAAAUGCGAAGGUAAUUGUAGAAAGGAUUUAUUAUGUUCAAUUCAUUGUAUGAAAGAGAGUGAAUUUAUAACUUGUAUCAAUCAAAAAUAA